UCAGUGGUCUGUUCGCCACCAGAAAAGCGCUAAACCAUUAACGCAUCGAAUAAUAAUUUUUUAUUAUUUUUAUUUGAGUUCGUCUCCCAAACUCUGACACCACGCUGCUUUUCCAUAACGUCCACCGUCAUCACCGCCACAUUAGUUCCAUAUUCCGACUGUUCAACUGGAAAAUGCCAAACAAUAUGACGCCUUCAUCACCAAUCCUCUAGAUGGUUUACUUCGUUCUUUUUAUGUUUUUAAAAAUCCAAAUCCAAGCAAAACUCCUCAUCUUCUCUGUUCCUUUCGUCUCUUUCACCGCCACGCUUAUCGUCCACCGGCACCUCUUUGCAUGAACAAGCUCUUCUUGCUAUAAGAAUACGCCUCUUUCUUUAUUAUUAUUCACAUGCUUUUUAUGUGCUCGUCUUCGUUUGGUUCUCCCUCCUUCUAGAAUUCUCCAUUUCUGUUAUUUUUAUUUCCGAUGACGGUUCUCGAUACGCCGGAGAAUCUUACUGCCUCCAUGGAGACCACUACCUCUACCGCCGGUGAUGGCGUCUCUGACUCCUCCUCGGAUACUGAUCUCUCGCUUCGACGGAGGCGGAGCUCCACCAACUCUGCUGGACCUGUCGCUGAAUUGUCGUCGAAGAUUGAUAAGCUGGAAUCUGAUGUUGAUGGCAAGAUGACGAUGGAUCCGGGACCUGUGGCGGAAUCGGGAACUUUGAAAAGUAAUGGAAAAGAUUCCGGCCAAGACAAGGAUAAGGUUGAGAAGCGUGGAGCAUCGGAUGUUAAAUUUACGUAUAGGCCGUCGGUGCCAGCUCAUCGGGUGCUUAGGGAGAGUCCGCUUAGCUCUGAUAAUAUAUUUAAACAAAGUCAUGCAGGUCUCUUCAACCUCUGUGUAGUAGUGCUUGUUGCUGUUAACAGCAGGCUUAUUAUUGAGAAUCUAAUGAAGUAUGGUUGGUUAAUUAAGACUGGAUUUUGGUUUAGUUCAAGGUCAUUGCGAGAUUGGCCACUCCUUAUGUCUUGUCUUACUCUUCCAGUCUUUUCUCUUGCUGCCUAUCUGGUGGAGAAGCUGGCGUAUAGAAAAUAUAUAUCUGAAUCUAUUGUUGUUUUCUUUCAUGUGCUCAUCACCUCUGCAGCAGUUAUAUGCCCUGUCUCUGUCAUUCUCAGUUGUGAAUCUGCUGUUUUAUCUGGUGUCACAUUGAUGCUCUUUGCUUGUAUUGAGUGGUUGAAAUUGGUAUCUUAUGCACAUACGAACCAUGAUAUGAGAGCUGUUGCCAACUCAAUUGAUAAGGGAGAUGCACUGUCCAGUACUUUGAGUGCAGAUUAUUGUCGUGAUGUUAGCUUCAAGAGUUUGGUUUACUUCAUGGUAGCUCCCACAUUAUGUUACCAGCCAAUUUAUCCUCGCACAGCAUGUGUUCGAAAGGGUUGUGUAGUUCGUCAAUUUGUCAAGUUGAUAAUAUUUACAGGAUUCAUGGGAUUUAUAAUAGAACAAUAUAUCAAUCCUAUUGUCCAGAACUCACAACAUCCUUUAAAGGGGGAUCUGUUAAAUGCCAUAGAGAGGGUUUUGAAGCUUUCAGUUCCAAAUUUAUACGUGUGGCUUUGCAUGUUCUACUGUUUUUUUCACCUAUGGUUAAAUAUACUUGCUGAGCUCCUUUGCUUUGGUGAUCGGGAGUUCUAUAAAGAUUGGUGGAAUGCAAGAACGGUCGAUGAGUACUGGAGAAUGUGGAACAUGCCUGUUCAUAAGUGGAUGGUUCGCCAUGUAUACUUUCCAUGCUUACGGCAUAAUGUACCAAAGGGGAUAGCCUUAAUUAUUGCCUUCUUUGUUUCAGCUGUAUUUCAUGAGUUGUGCAUUGCUGUUCCGUGUCACAUGUUCAAGCUCUGGGCUUUUAUCGGAAUAAUGUUUCAGAUUCCUUUGGUUGUGAUAACAAGUUAUCUCCAAGACAAGUUGAGGAGUCCAAUGGUGGGAAAUAUGAUCUUCUGGAUUAUGUUCUGCAUUCUUGGCCAACCUAUGUGUGUACUACUGUAUUACCAUGACCUGAUGAAUCGGAAAGGAAGCACUGAAUCAAUAUGAAACUUGGAAUAGUGUCAAUCUUGGAUAUAGAAUUCCCCGGAAAUGGGUUACUUUUUACAUGUUGUGCAUUAAAUUUUACCAUACUGAUGUCAUCACGAUACAUCGAGAUUAGGUUAACUGUUGAUACCAUUAAUGUGUAAGCAAAUUUUGAGAGUAUAAUCACUGAGGGAGUCGUUGCCCUUUUGUAGUUUCUGACACUGUUGUAACUAUUAGUGGAAAAUUGUAUGUGUCCAUGUGUGUA